AUGGUGCCAGGACAGCCUCAAGACAGAGAGAAAGAAAUCUGGUGGUAUCAGGUAAAGGUCUGGUCUGCGGCUGUGGUUUCCAUCUCCAUCCUCAGUGCCUGUUUCAUUGUGAGUUGUUUCGUGAUUCAUGAUAAUUCUGUGUAUGGUAAAAUUGGCAAUAACCUGUCUGAACUACAAGAAUAUGAACGAUAUAAUUCAUGUUUGAAAUGUUUCAAUGAAGGAAGGAGGCUAAAAGAUUGGCACUGCUGCCCAAUCUCCUGGAGUCCAUUCCAGUCCAGCUGCUAUUUUAUUUCUACUGAGUUGAAAAAUUGGACUGAUAGUGCGAAGAACUGCUCUGAGAUGGGAGCUCAUCUGAUGGUGAUCAACACUAAGGAUGAGCAGGAGGCUGUUGUUCAAACAGAAAAAGGGAACACUUCA